AUGGAACCCCCUCCAACACCCCGCCCUCCAGCACCGACGGUGCCGUCGACCGUCUAUCAAUGGAUAGCCAGCGCGCGCGAUUCCCACCUGCUGACCAACAAUCCAAGCAAGCUCAGGUUUCUGCACUCAGGUUCAAAGGUCACGUUCAAGGAGUAUCUCAGCAUGAGGAUUAUUCGGAGGGUGUCCAAUAUCACCGAGUUCCCCGACCGAGAAACUAAAGGCAGAGCCAAGGAGAUGAUCAAGGGGGACGAAGCAAUACAGACGUGGCUCUCACAUAUCGAAACGGACGAGUACCCAACCGACCGAAAGCUUGGCAUGUUCGCCCUAGUGAGACAGGGCCAGCUUGCGAUAGUAGCUUCGGAUUUCCAGGAACCUUUCCAGACAGUUGAACUUCGGCGUCGAGGUCGACCUCAAGCUUCUGAACUAUCAGCAGAUACGCGAGACGCAGUCCUAGUGCUGCCGCUUCAACUGCGCCAACUGAACUGUCUACUGCAGCCUCGAGGACGUGGGUCAAGUACGCCACAGCGGAUGGAGAACCGCAGGCGCCUCUUGAUCUCUUUGGAUCGACAUGAGAUGUAUUUGACACUCGCCCGCUACCACGAGGACUACGUAAAGUUCCUAAAGGGAGAAUUUCAAGGGUUGAAGAGCUACCCCGAGGAUAGAUUCCUCCACUUGCACGAGUACGGCCCAUGGGAUAUCGGCAAGAAAUCUCACAUGAGGGACCUGACCGAAAUCAUCGUAGGUUUUUCUCUCCGUGUCAAAGAUAAACAGGCUAAAUCGGCUGUGCCAUCAGGGAGUGGCCCUGAGGGGACGUGA